CCAGAAUCAACACACAAUACUGCAAUUCCAAUUUCCCUGAAGCAAACACCAGUGUUUUAUUGCAAAUUUAGUGCGCACCCUCGAAUUUGCGACUUUCCGGCGCCGCUGAGGCUGAAAAUUUUCAGCAGCAGCGUCGAGAUGAAUCUUAUUUAUGUACUGAUCGUUUCAGGCGUGCUUUUCAAAAAUGUGUUGUGUUUCACGUCGUACAAGCUCGAAAUCGAGAACUUCAUCUACGCCCGGUGUAAGAACAACACCGAUCCUGAAAUCUCCAACGAGAUCAGGAAACGCCUCAACGACACUUACAACGAGUUUCACACCGAAUUAAAAGACGACAAACCGAAUUUCUGCUCCGACAACAAGCACAAACUCACCCAGAAAAUGAAGGAGAUCGCGACCGACAUGAAGUCCUGUUUCUCCAACCCGGAGGAACAGUUUUUACCCGGUUUUAUCACUCACGGGUUUGCCGAGUUUAUGGAGUUUGUGUGUGCCAACCGGACCAUUGAAAUUUUUUUCAGUCCGCAAGGACUCGAUUGUCAGGAUGCGCUGAAAAAGUUCCGGAGCGGGCAGGAAAUCAGGAACUGCGAGCAGGAAUUGUACAAAACGUUCCGUAGGAAUGUCCUAAUCGAAGAAGAGUUGUGUCAGGAUUUGCAAGCGAGUGAGAAGUGUUUCGUCAAAGCGAUUAAUAACGGGUGUCCACAUUUUAAAGCUUUCGAAGCUCUGGCCACUAAUUUGUUCCGGGCAGCAGGGGUGGAGUGCAAUCAAGGCGGCGUUCUGCUGGCUAGUGGCGCUGCGGUCGCAACUGGGGUGGUUUUGAGUCUAAUUACUCGAGCUUAAUUAAUUAAUAUGACGCAUGAUACUUGUGCUCUAUUUAUUUUUCUGUGUACCUAUGUACUUACAGUUUUUGUAUUUAGAUGAAUAUAAAGUUGUUAAAACCA